AUGGCCAUUGGUGCUCUUGCCUGCUCGCUUUUUCCAAACAUUGUUCCAGCAGGGCCCUCAGGAGGGGACGGCAACGAUUAUCACUACAACGCGGCCCUCACGCACUACGGACAAGCAAUCCGACUGAUCCGACUUCAACAGGAGCCAAACUCUGCUUCUACUCUACGUGUGGCAGUUGUUGCUUGCAUUCUCUUUGCGUGCUUCGAGAUUCUGCAUGGGAGCCACGGAGCUGCCGUCAAUCAUAUCAGUUUUGGCAGUCUCAUGCUCUCAGGGCAAGCAAGCGUGGGCCAGCUCGAACUAGAAGACGAGAUUCUGCAAGCAUUUGAGAGGAUGGAAUGGUCUGCUUGGUCUAUCGGCCUCAUGACUGGCUCAGUUCAAGUACCCAUCGAAAUCAACAGCAGGCUUUCACUAGACGACAUGCCCACCAAGUUCUCCGGGCUCGGGGAGGCCAGAAGAUGGUGGGACGCGAUCCAGCACUGGACAUUGUACUUCAGCCAAGCCAUGGCUGGGCCAACAUACGCGGAUGGAGACUUUCUGCCCGGGAUCAAGACCAUGCAAUCACAGUGUCUUGGAAUGUUAGAACGGUGGAAUGACAUGUUUUGGCCGCUUUACAAUCCGGCAAGCUCUCCUCGAAAGGGGUCAUCCUAUCUUCAGGCGACGUCUCUGCUUCUCCAGUCUAUCGUGCUUCACGCCUACAUCAACACUUGUGGCUUUCAAGACCACUACGGCACUGAACAGAUCACAUCGCAGUUCAAAGAAAUGGUGCGCCUCUCUGGAGUCCUCUUGGCCAACCAACCAGUCUCCAAAGGAUGUAGCGAAAUAUUCACCUUGGACAGCGGGCCGACUUGCGCUCUCUACAUUGCGGCAACCAAAUGCUUGGAUCCCACCGUCCGAGCAGACGCCACCGCCUUGCUCACACAAUACCCACGACGAGACGGCUUCUGGGACAGUCGAGCAGCUCUCGGGAUCCUCGGCCAGGACCUUUCAUCAAGCGGUGAAUAUGGCGGUGCUAUUGAUCCAGCACUUCAGUACCUCGACCAAUGA